AUGCCGCCGGUGCCACCACAAAAAGUUGAAUUCCCAAAAUUCGUUGAUUCAUUAUGGUGUGUUUACAUCGUUUCCGUGGCAUCAGCAUUCAAUGCAGAAUUUGUUACCUACCCGUUGGACUUGAUCAAGACCCGGCUACAGAUCCAGGGCGAACAAUCAAAAAAUGGAAAACUUGGUCAGGCUCCACAUAGAGGCUUGAUGAAAACUGGUCUAGGAAUUGCUAGAGAAGAAGGUGUUAUGAAACUAUGGCAGGGCAUCCAUGCUGCUUUUGGUCGACAUUUGAUUUAUUCUGGUACUAGAAUAAUAACAUAUAAAGCUUUGAAAGAUGCUUUGAAUAGAAGACAUCCUGAACACAAGCAUUUUCCUCUAUGGCAAUCAGCGUUAUGUGGGGUCUCAGCAGGCGCAUUUGCUCAAUACCUCGCUAGUCCCACCGACCUGAUCAAGGUGCAACUCCAGAUGGAGGGGAAACGGAGACUGUUAGGACUUCCGCCUAGAGUGAAUGGGAUGUAUGACGCCUUUCAAAAGGUCUGGUCUGCUGGUGGAAUCAGAGGCCUGUGGAAAGGAUCGGUGCCAAAUGUUCAGAGGGCUGCUUUAGUAAAUCUCGGUGACUUGACAACUUACGAUAUGACAAAAAGGUUCAUAUUGACUCAUACUGAUAUGGGAGAUGAUUAUGUCUUGCAUAUUCUAGCCAGUAGUUGUGCUGGUUUCGUUGCAGCCGCUAUGGGCACACCAGCUGAUGUUAUUAAAACUAGGGUUAUGAAUCAACCUUUGGAUGAAAAAGGAAGAGGACUUCUUUACUCUUCAUCUAUAGACUGCCUAAAGAAAACAGUAAAGCAAGAAAGUUUCGGUGCUUUAUACAAAGGAUUCCUCGCAAUCUGGAUGAGGAUGGCCCCAUGGUCUUUAACUUUUUGGCUGACAUAUGAGGAAGUUGUUAAGCUUAUGGGUGCAGAAAGUUGGUAG